AUGGACCCUAUAAACACCCAUCCACCGCCGGAAACCCGCAACUGGCGCGCAGAAUGCACCCAUACCAGCAUGACACGCGUGUUCGAUGCCGACGGCCACAUCGGAUGUACUCGCUGUGGCGAGGCGAUGCUGCGCUGGGUAUACAUCUGCACCGAAGACCAGAAUCGAACUCUCAGUGACGAGUUCAUCCGCGACCUUGCAGUGCCUCUCACGUCCGGUGAAUCGACAGAUACCUCUUCCACUGCCACUGCGUCUACCGCUUCUACCGCUUCUACGCCUGUCGAGCUGUCACUAAACGAAUGGGUAUCCAAGGCCAUCGAGGACGGGCACUACACGGACGCAGAGGUCGAGACGCUCCGGGCCCAGCGUGCGGACGUCCUAGAAGCCAUACGGAUGGAGUCGACGCGGAAAGAAGAAGAGUUGAGGCAGAGAUGGGCCGCUAAGUUGGCCUUUUGGAAGACUCCAGUGUUUGCUCGUCCGAGACCAGAUCCGUUUCUCGUAGAACAGGGCUGCAAGGCCUUUGGCUUGGAUCGUCCAGAACCACAUCCGGCUGUCAUUCCGCCGUGCAAGACGUCGUACUGCCAUUACUGUCGACCAAGCGGCUGCGAGAGGUCGUGGCAGAGCUUGGAAAGACUGUGCCGUAAGAACAUGGAAGUCAGGGACAGACACGGCGGCAAGAUAAAGAGCAUCUUUGACAUUCCAAUGACUGACAUCCGCCGUCCGCUCCCUCGUCGUCCUGUGAGGUAUAAUAACAAUUCCAACGAUGAUGUCUCGAUGACUACUUCCAUGGAGUCUGAAGCUAUAUCAGACACUGACAGUAGAGAGAACAUCGAGAACGUUGAAGAAAGAAACGAGAACAAUGAAGAGACACACUCAUCAAAGGAAGAGCAGAUAAUAGCUGCUAGCACAAGCCUACAGAACUCCCAGCACUGGUCCAGAGUCGGACUCCAUGAGAGCUUGAGCUCUGCGAGAAACGACAGCCUCUACAUGUCCAAACCAACGCAUGACCAUCCAGGCGGACUGUCCAGGCUGGCGAAACGGCCACGCCUGAUGCUAAGACCAAGGUUCAUCGCUGAACAGACCGGGCCAUCGCCGGGAGAGCUCUCUGAGCAUACAAAUGUGCUGUCAACGGACGCAAAGACGGAGGAAGAGAAGUCCGAGAUAGAGACGGAGAAACCAGACACGAACGACUAA